AUGGAAUCACCAAAUAUCAUUCCGUUGCGUUUUCAGGUUUGGGACUCGGGACUUUCCAGUGACGCCUGUAACGAAGCAAGAGGUGUUGUAGACUCUAAUGCACCUCAUAAAUUCACGGCGCAGAAGACAUUUUCGAGAGGUGGAUCAGUCCCAGUGAUGAUCAGGGAAACCCUACAGGAAGGUUUGCAAAACGAAUCACAAACCGAGAAUGUACGCAAACUUCCUGCUAAAACCAGGUAUGGAUGUAACAGCUACUUCAAAGGGAACCUAGUAAAAGUCGUCUGUGUCUACAAGCAGUAA